AUGAACUUCAGCGAAGUGAACUACAGUUCCUAUGACAACAGAAGUUCUGAUGGGCCAGUAGAUGACCUGAACCUCCUGCCUAGUCUCCAGGCCCAGCUGGUGGUGGCCGAGGUCAUCUACAUAGUGGUCUUUGUGGUGGGCGUCCCGGGCAACGCGCUGGUACUGUGGGUGACAGUCUGGGAGGCCCGGCGGUCUGUUAACGCCAUCUGGUUCCUCAACCUGGCUGUGGCCGACCUCCUCUCCUGCCUGGCGCUGCCCAUCCACAUCAUGACCAUCCUCAUGCACGGCAACUGGGUUUUUGGUGAAGUGCCUUGUCGCAUCUUGAUCGUGCUCAUCUACUUCAACCUGUAUGCCAGCGUCCUGCUCCUCGCCACCAUCAGCGCCGACCGCUUCCUCCUCGUCUUCCGACCCAUCUGGUGCCAGAAGCACCGCAUGGCCCGGAGGGCCUGGCUGGCCAGUGGCGUGGCCUGGAUGCUGGCUCUGGCACUCAGCAUCCCAUAUUCCGUGUUUGGAGCAUUAUUCGAGGACUUAAUUUCCAAGAUGCCUGUUUGCACUGUGAGCUUUGAGCUGGUUGAUCCAGAGCUUGCAGUUGCUAUCAUCAUGACACUCUUUGUCCUGACGUUUCUGGUCCCCCUGGUCACAAUGAGCGUCUGCUACACUUUGCUCCUGCUUCGGGCCUGGCGCCGGCCGGCCACACGCUCCACCAAGACCCUCAAGGUGGUGGUGGCUGUGGUGACCAGCUUCUUCAUCUUCUGGCUGCCCUACCAGGUUCACCGCAUGGUUGUUGCUGUGGUCAAUCAUGACACCAAAAUGGUGGACUCCUCGGUCAGGCUAGGCAUGGCCCUGACUUCCAUGAACUGCUGCAUCAACCCUAUUAUCUAUGUGGCUGCCUCCCGGGGCCUCCACAUCCGGGUCUUCAAGUUCCAGCCUGGCCAGCUGUAUCAACUGCUGACUGAAGACUAG